AUGCGUGCUUGGGGAACUACGGCCAAAGACGUUUUCACUAAGCUUCCAAACGAAUUCUUGGAUCAAAUCUUCGCUGAUGUGGACCGAGAAGAUUUGAAAAGCUUGAUCAAGACGCAUCGAUCCUUCAAGAAGUCCGCUCAACGCCACUUGUUCCACACAAUCCAUAUUCCAGCACAGUCUACCUUGGCCAAACCAUUUAUCACCAGGGCGGAUGAAGCUGGCUACCUACCGGGGCGCUCCGAUCGCAUGGAAUGGAAAGUUGAACAGAGAAAUCGACGUCCAGGUCUCAACCUAAUGCCCCCAUUCUUGCUACCCAUACCAGACGCUCAGAUCCCACCGAACCACAAGCAAGAGAAGUCUUACGGAAAGGUGAUGGCCCGACAGCGUACCUGUGCUCUGUUUCUGCAGGCUAUCAUGUCGGUACCGUAUCUGGCAGACUAUGUGCGUCAUGUUCGGAUAGAUUCCGAAUGGGGUGCACCGCUCUUUUUCAACACGCAAGCCUAUACGAUUCUGAAGAAACUGCCCAAGCUGCGUAGCAUCGAAGUCGCCGUUAAAGAUCGGCUGGCGGGUUCAGAAUGGAACAAACUCCAGCAUGUUUGUAUGCAGCAACUAUGGACUAUGCUCGAAGACCUCCAGAUCGAGACAAUCACCUUGACGACACCAACGCUAAAGGUUCUCAGCAAACUCAUUCAGAUACCUACCCUUCAGUCUUUCGUAAUCAGUCCUGACACCCCUUGGCAUAUCGCCCCUGGCCUCAAUAUCAGCUAUUUAGAGUCAGGUAUCCCUCACAACUGGCUCGAGCCUACCUUCCUCUCUAACCUCACACACGUCAACUUAGGAGAUUUCAGCAUGAGCCCUAUCGCUAUGGGAAGACUACUCGGCCACGCCAAGAAUCUCCAGUCACUACUCAUCACCAUCACUUCUCUUCACGCCUACCCAACUCACAUUAGAUCUGUCGGCGCUACCCCACUCGCCACCGUCAUAGACAUCCUAGAAGUAAAUACAGGGCUUGCUUCUUCCCUGAAAGAACUAGGACUGCUAGAACCGCUAUAUGCACACUUCACGAAUCCUGCUGUCCAAGUUUACCAUUCCAUCCACGCCGAUUUUUCGUUCCUCAAACAUCUGCAGGUCCUGAAGAUUACCUCGGCCUUCUGGUACGAUCGCACCUGCGAGCUACCCAACGCACCCAAAAAUGCUUGGAUGUGGAAGAAACAGGACCGCUGCGCUGUCCGCGCAUACAGCCUCGUCCCUCCAUCACUCCGCGAAUUGGAAAUCCAGUUCAUGUGGCCCGAAGUUGUUUUCGUCUCGGGCGAAGGCUUACACGAACAGUUUCUUCUCACAUCCCAGACCACGCAAUUGAAGGGUUUUGGCUGGAUCAGGGAGUUUGCGGACCAGAAGCAACGCAGGGAAGGUGUUUUACCAGAGUUGGAUUGUCUUAGACUGACCGAGUUUCGAGAGAAUAGCGGAUACAGGACGCCAAGUCCUUAUUCACCACCAGAACUAAUGAGGGAAGUAUUCGAAAGUGCGGGUAUUGAGCUUGAUAUUCGACUUGCGAGGUAUAGAAAGAAGUGGUGA